AUGUCUCACAAGUAUAUCGUUUUACCAGCAGCAUUAACAAUACUUCUCCUUUUACUUACAGGGAUUUUCAUCGACAUAGGUAAAGAAGAGAGCUUUUUGUUCGACUUCCCUAUCAUUUCCCUCGAUACGACCAAGCUGAAAGAUGAUAUCUUUCAGAGCAAUAACUACAUUCUGCCCAUCACCGAUAAUAUAUCCUGCUCUGAACCUUCAUCUGGUGUCAAAUUUCUUCCCGUCAACAUUAUCCAUCUCCAACUCAUCAAACCCAACUCCUCGGUCCAAAUUCAACUUCCAGACAACAACUUUGGGCAUCAACUUGGCGAAAUCCAGAAUGCUUUCAAGAAGUCGUACCAUGCGGAACUUCAUGCAGCACUCGCCAUAUAUGCUACUACAAUCUGCCUAGAAGGCAUUAUGUUGAUCAUAGCUUUUAUAUCGUUCUUGGGAUUUGAUGCUUUUUGGAUUUUCGGGGGCUUCUCUGUCCUAACGACAACUUUCAUCUCGAUUGGAAACAGCAUAAUGAUGGCCCUUCAAUACCAAGCAGUUACGGCAAUCAAUAAAUAUGGUGAAGAUGUUGGCAUUUUGGGGUAUCGCGGAACGGGGCUACUGGUAUUAAUUUGGUUUACCUUUGGAGUAGCUUCUGUUGCUUCGGCUGCUUGGUUAUGGGGUGCGUGGAUGAUCAGAAGGUCUAAUGACGGUAGUGACACUUCGGAUGAUGGGGGUGUGUACAUGAAUUGCAGCAGAGACCCAGCGGAAGUUGAGAUUGGCGAGCCGGUCAUUUUGGCUAUGAGAGGAGGUAAAGCGGUAGAUGUUCAUGAAGAAGGAACAAGCAUGGCGCAUGGGAUCGAUUAUGUUAGAGAGAGCCAGAUUUGACUUGCUAUCUAAGCUGGGGUUUUGAAGUUUAAUGGGAGACAUAUAUACAGUUUGUCCGGUCCGUAUCUCGACACAAGUCAGACGAGUAAGGAAACCUCAUAGUACAAUAGUUGCGAAGCAAUAUCGUUCAUGUCAUUCAGAGAAGAUACAUAAUACACGCCGAUCUUUUAGGUAUCAAAAAUUGGCUUGAUUUCGCUCUUGGCGCUCUCUUCAAGUUGAUUUAAACCCUUCCCUCUGCUCGGCGUCAAAAAUACUGAUCGUUGAAUUUUGCGUCGAGGUCUCACUUUACUCUUACUCGCAGAUCAUCCGAUCAAUUUAUCGAUGCAGAUAUGUCCUCAUCAUGUAUCUUUAGUCUCAAAUUUAUCAAACUACAACCUUAAAAUAAAAACCAAUAGUAAAUUUU